AGAGACUCAUCACAUGUUCCGUGUAGUUACAGCGCUCUGAGAAAGAGAGAGUCAUCUGUACAGAGAAUAAACUGUCCGCGCGCGAGCGCCAACUCUCACUUAUAGCUGUUAACUCCUGUUACACCCCGGUGUGUCCACGGGACCUCAUGACCUGCCAUGAACCAGGACCGGCAAACGCGCAAGGAGGAGAUCCAGAAAGCUCUGGCUUUCAUUCAGUCGUCGCUGCCGUAUCCCGACCCAGACGGCUAUGAGAGCUUCCUGAUGCAGCUUGUGUGUAAUCUGCUGGACGAAGGUAACGCGGCCUUCUGGGAGGGCGACUGGACGCUGGCGCGGGGCCACUUCAGUGAGGGAGUGAGCGUGGCGAAGUACGCCCAGGGCGAAGGAGUGGCGAUUCCUGCGGCGCUGCUCGAGAGCCUGUAUGUGAACAGAGCCGCGGCGCAACACAAUAUGGGGGAUCUGGAGGCGAGCGUGAGGGACUGCGACAGCGCUCUGGGCGUGUGUAAGGACAGCGGCAAGGCUCUGUACAGGAAGGCCGUGUGUCUGAAGGAGCUCGGGCGACUGAACGAGGCGUACGAGUGCAGCACCGCCUGCCUGCUCACCUCUCCACAGGAUGAGAGGGUGAAGGAGCUGGCUCAGGAUCUGGCAGACAGACUGGACCUAAAGACACGUAAAGCCUACGUCGGUGUGCAGGGUGGAACCGAGAGCAGCCCAGAACUCCUGCCUCCUCUAGAACAGAUCACUAACGGACUGGAUAGCUUGUGUGACGUCACAGCGGACGUGUGCGCGAGUGCGUCGCCCGUCCUGCCCGCCCCGGUCCCUGUGAGCGAGGCGUCCGAGGAGGCGUCCGUGUGUCUGUCGGUGCCCGUGUCCGAGCAGUUGGAGGACUGCGAGGUGAUUGGGGACGAGCUGGACACACUGCUGGACUGCGUCUCCGAGCAAGAGCAGCUCCCGCAUACUCCAUCCAAAGGCAGCGUCGUCCCCACUCACGUCCCGGUGAUGCGUCUGGGCCUGCCGUUCCCCGCGCAGCUCCCCGCCCCCUCGCCGCGUCUUCCUCCGGCAUUCUUCCCCUCGGCCGUCAGUCACCUGAACGAGCUCGACUCCUUCUGCGAGGUGGGACGCGACCCGGCUCUCUCGGUCAGACCCCUGGACUCGCUCGACUCCUUCGCUCAGGCUUUGGGUCAGAGCUCGGUGCCUCAGCAGCUCCCUCUAGUGGUGGGAGGAGAAGGUCUCGACUCACUCUCGGAGUUUACGCUGCCCGAUGAUAAAGUGUCUCGUAGUUUCCUCCCUCCAGUGAAGAUCAGAAGCUCCUCAAACUGCGUGAGCGCCACUUCCACGCUUUCCAAAAAUCCUCUUGAACACACACACGACUUCACUCAGGCCUGUUCAGCCUGUUUUAUACGUACAGGUGCAGGUGUGCUGGACUGCGAGUACAGGACGGAUUUGUCUCACAGCUGUAAGAAAGACAUCCUGCUGUGCAGGAGGAAGGGCGGGGUCAAUCCGCCAUGGAGGCGUGUCCGGCCACGCCCAGCCCGGAGCAACUUCCUGGGUCCUUACGUGCUGUGUAAAGAGGUUCUAGAGCGACAGGACUGUAAAUACGGCGAGGCCUGCACCUUUGGGUAUUGUCAGGAGGAGAUCGACGUGUGGAUGCAGGAGAGGCGGGGCUCACUGAACCGCGAGCUGCUCUUCAACCCGGUCUCGUCCAAUCAGAGACAAGCACUGAGCGUCAACAAACUACUGGAUACACACCGCGGCAUGUUCAUGUUCCUCUGUGAGGGCUGCUUUGACGGUAAACCCAGGCUCAUCAGUAAGCGCUGUAAGGAGAACCCGUCCCUGUGCUCCAACAUAAACGCCCACCAUCCGUUCGACAGAACCAAGUGUCUGGUGCAUGCGGUGAAGAAGAACAGCAGCAGUAUGUGUUACACUAAGAUCCGGCCCCUCAGCGCACACCGUCAGCUCGCCGUGUGUCGUCACGAGCGUUACGGCUGCCAGCGCGACAGGAGCUGCAGCUUCGCUCACUCGCUGAUCGAACUGCAGUGCUGGAUCCUGCAGAGAUACCACGGCACCAACCCAGAGGAGAUUGUGCAAGAAUCCAAGAAGCACUGGAACAAGCAGAGACCAGUAAACAUUUCUGGCUUCCACACCAACGGCAGCGUAUCCAGACUGGAGGGGCAGAACAGAUGGGCGGAGUCUAACGGGAAGGCGUGGCCGGAGCGGACCUCGGGAACGAGAAGCGCCUCGGCGGCGAAAGGUCACGACCUGCGUCUGACCAUGAAGUUCGUGUGCGGUCAGUGCUGGAGCGUCGGGCUGCCGAGUGAACCGGACAAAGCGCUCAAGUACUGCAGCGCUAAAGCGCGACACAGCUGGAUUAAAGAGCGCAGGGUGCUUCUGGUCAAAUCCUUAGACAGGGAGAAGUGGGUGGCCGUGCGACCUUUGCCCUUUGCCAAGACGUUCCCUCAGCAAUACGACAUCUGUGUCCACGUCCUGAAGGAGAAGAAGUGCCACUACAUCGGGAACUGCUCUUUCGCUCACAGCCUGGAGGAGCAGGAGCUGUGGACCUACAUGAAGAACACCGGCUUGCGGGACCUGCAGCAGGUCUAUGACACCUGGUCUUCGACAGCCAAUCAGAACAAGCGAUCCGACGGCACCUCGACACCCCAGUACGGCGAGGAGAAGCAGAUCACCAUGCCGACGGACUUCGCCGAAGCCGCCGACGAUUUCUACUGCCACCUGUGUAGGAGGCACAGUAACAGCGAGCGUCAGUGGCAGCAGCACAUCUCGUCCGAGAGGCACAAGGAGCGCGUCCUGAGCGGAGCCGGCGAGGACGAGAGUCUCACCUGGAUACACCGCUUCCCCGGACAAUACUUCUCCCUCUGUCCCAGGUUGGAGGCCGGCUGUGCCGAGGGCGUGAGCUGCGACUACGCCCACGGCGAGGAGGAGCUCCAGGAGUGGCGCGAGAGGCGGGACUUCCUGCGCAGGAGGCUGGAGAGAGCGCGGGCGGACAUGCUCAUCGGUCACAACGACUACGACUUCGGGAAGUACAACUUCCUGGUGCAGGAAUGAGAAGAAUAACAACACAUCCAUAUAUAAAUCUACAUCCUGUAUAUGCACACACAGAUUUAUCAUCCCUUUGAACCACCACACACUGAAGUGCCACGCAUGCCUUCUCUUCAACUGAUUGUUUUAACUUUUAUUUUUUAAAUGACAUUUUCCUCAGUCAUAGACAGCGAGUCCCAGUGCCGUCCCAGUGCCGUCCCACGAUCAGUACCAGACUUGUAAACAGUUUAUCUGUAUUUUAGCACUAGUGUUUUUAAAGCCUUGUUUAAACCCAGCCCUGAUGGUACAGGACAUCACGUCUGUGCAUCGCCCAGAUUAAACACCCCAGUCAGGGGGCCGUCCUUCAUCAUGUCACGUCUAACUUGCACUAACUGGCGGAUAAACAUGAAAACAGCUACAAGUUCUUUCACUCUCAUUGCAGUGCAUGUUUAUUUGAUUUAUUUAAUUAUUAUUAUUAUUUUGAUUUCAUUUUAACAGCUACUCCUAAAGCUUAAUUGAUCCUUAAAUCAAAAUCGACAUCUUAAUACAUCUUGUGUUUGUUUUCUUCUUUGUUUUUAAGUCUGGAACAAUUUACAUAAAAACUAAACAUAGCUGCCUGAUCUCACAAGAGGAACUGAGAUGUCUCGUCAUGAAAUAAAGAAGCACUCGUGCACUAGUGGGUGACGUUAGCGAGCUAAUCUUGGGUGGGAUUCAACUGCUAGCGUUUCUCAAAGUGAGAAGGUUUCGUUUAUUGUUAAUCAACAGCAGAGCAAAUCUCAAGCUAGCGUCAUCCCGGCGAAUCAUCAUAUAGUCGAAUCCAAACGUCUGUAACUGAAACCCCAAGUGAUACAACCUCAGCUCACAACAGAGGCGUUAAAAAAGUCAGGACUGUCCCGUACAAAUCUGAAGGUUUUGUUUUUAUGAUCGAGCACUAAGACUUCCUUAAACUAAACACAAAUCUGUACCACCAAAUUUGAUUUUAGGCAAAUCUAAGACGAGGAAUCCUGUUUGUAGUCAGGAUCACUCGUUUCAGGUUUGACCGUUUUGCGUAUUUUCUGGAAUUAAGGACAAGGAACUGGCAACACACUGGGGUUAAAACAAAUUUUAGUGCUUUUUUAUGUUUAUUUAUAUGAAAGGUUUUUUCCUUCAUUUAGUGUAUUUUCAUUUGCUUUGAGAGAACCCUGGGCUCUGGGCUUUGUGAGAUUUAGAUACAAAACAUUUCUGUUUUCUGUUUUAUUUCAGAUUAAAAAAUAUGAAAAGAAACACAAAUGAAAAAGUAGAACAGAUUCUCAGGAUAAAAAAAGCAAAACAACACAAAACAUUUCUGAGCGUUAGUGAUAAAUUUGUCUUGUUGUUUGUGUGUGUGUGUGUGUGUGUGUGUGUGUGCGCGCGCGUGUUUGCGUGCGUGCGUGUGUGCGUGCUGCAGGAAUUCCAGAAGGCCACAUUGUUGGACACACACUAUGGCUGUGUCCUCGAUGUGAUUAUCUCGUCCUAAGACACUUCGAGUCUAAACCCAAACACGCAGAAGCACAGGAGAAGGUGUGUGUGUGUGUGUUUUCCCUGUCUCGCCCCUGACCAGUUUGUUCUCAGAGCUGUGUUUAGCUCAGGCUUUGUUUGAGCAGAAGCAGCUGCUGCUCUCGCUCGAAUCCACCUACGAGCAGAUAGAGACGUUCCAUGAAGUGCGCUUGUCGUGCAGUAACUCUGAAAUUCAGUGACAGGAUGGAUUGAGCUAGAAGCUAUCGUAGACACGCACACACGUCACCUGACUCUGCAUUGUUUGACUGUUCAGGACAUCAGAGAGCUAAAAACAGACGUGUCUCUGAUGACAAGUUCAUGUUACGUUAUGUUGUGUUUCUCUUUUCACCGUAGUGUUGAUCAGUUCUGGUUCUGGAUUCUGAUUGGUCAGAGGGUGUUGAUCCAUAGUAGUAGUACUGUAGUAUUUCUCCUCACCCAUGUGGUACAUUCUUGGCUAAGUACGGACUUCUCUCCAGUUUAACACGAUGUACAUGUCGGGCCUGACCUGUGACAUGACCGUGUGAUGAGUUAAUAUGAUGUGGAAAGUUCUGAUGUUAAAAGACUUUAUUUGUUAAAGGUGUUAAAUACACUCACACGAGCAGGAUGAUGCGUGCCUGUUUGUUGAUUUCUUUCUCGCCCUAACGAGUGCUGCAUUAUUUAAACAAUAUCAUUCCCGCUCACCUUCAGUGACCAUCACAGUGCCUUUUCAGGAGGUCAGACUGAGGAACAAGAGCUGUAUGUGAACGUAACGUGUACCUACUUGGAUUUUGUGCCUUUCGUAGAUACUCUGUGGAAAUAAAGACGACGUUUGGAUGUUUAAAGUGUCAUUUAUUUUUCGCUCAGAUAAAGCAGAGAUGGAACCUUAGCGUGGUUGUCGGUUCGAGUCUUAUUACAUUCCUCGCUUCCUUACGAGAUAAAAGCUCCGGUACGCUUCCAGUUAGCAGCGGUACAGCCCGAGCGUUCUCUGUGGGAAAACUCGUUAUAGACUGGAAAGGACGACAUCCUUAUAUUGUGACGUCCUCGUCUUUAAGUUGUUAGACACUAAAGUGCGCUUUCUGUGUGACUUGCCCUUCCGUAUUACAUUCCAUCAGGCGCGAGAUCAAGAGUUACUACUGAGGGUGUUUUAGUCAGAAAUUGUUUCCACUCUAACGAUGCGUUCACAUAAUGGAUGCGGCGGUAAUUAAUCUAAAUCAGAUGCACCAUGUCGCAGCUUUAUCACACACGUCUGUGUCUUAAAGUCUCAACAGCACUAUACUGAUAUCUAGACAGUAUCAGAUCAUUUCCACUAAUGAACUGCUGGAGUGGGGGGGGGGGGGGGUAAAUACUUUUAUAUAGUGACAGGUUGGCUACAGUCAUUAAUUGUAAUAAAUUUAGUGUAAGGUUGAUGGGAACAGGUGCCAUUUAUUUACAUCACAGGAAAUAGAUUUUUCACCCAGGAAGUGCUCGCUGUCUGUCCUGGCUGAACAACAUUAAGUCAUUAUAAUCAGCACUGAAAUCUCCCACAGCGCCACUUUCACAGCUCCUGUCUAUGGCUUCAGAAUUUUUUUUCUUUUACUUUACAAAUUCUCUUUAUUUUUCCUAAAGUUGUCAUUAUUGUGUAAUACUGUAGUUGUGUUUUAUGUAAAAUCGCCACAAGCAAUGGACCAAAUAAUAUGCCAAUAAAUAUUUUUAUAAAAGAA